AUGGAUGAGGAAGUGAAAAAAGUGUUGAUAAAAAGAGAAGCUAAUGUGGAUAAGGCUUUUGAAGAUUAUCGUUUCCAACGAAACCUUCUAGACAACUAUUGGGAUGACAUUCAUCGUAAAAGGAAUUGGAUUAUAAGAACUAGGGAAGAAAUCCAAUCUGCCGAGAGUUCGAUCCGCUCUAGUGAAGAAAUUUUUCGAAAGCUAAAGACUGAAAUAGAACUUCGCAAUGUUCGAAUUCGAGGAGAUUAUCUUAAUUCAAUGUUCGUAGCAGUUGCUAUGGAUGGAAACAACAACACUACGCCAAUAGCAUUUGGUAUUGGGGUGACAAAUAAUGUUAACUCUUGCACUUGGUUCCUUAUGAGGCUGAAGGAUGCUAUCGGGGAGGGUAGCGAAGUUGUGUUCAUAACAGAUAGAGUUGUUAUGGAUGUUGAUAAGCCAGACUGA